AUGGCUUGUCCCUUCAGCGACUCGCGUCGACUCUUCGUUGACCUAGCCUCUUCGCGAGACAGUGAAGGGUUCCAAUUCAGCGAGACACUCGGUGGCUACGUUGUUUCUCGAUACGAUGAUAUCGUCUCAGUCCUCGACAGACCCGAACUUUUCAGCUCUCGGCCGACGGUGCCAGAGUUCCCGCCAAUGGUUCGGGAUCUGUUUGCCAACAAAGUACCAGACAAGGGCACAUUGUUAGCACACGAUAACCCUGACCACGAUCGGCUGAGAAAGAGCGUCGCAUCCUUUUUUGUGCCACGUAGACUGGAACGAUUUGAGCCGAUGCUCCGCGCCGCUGCCCAUGAUCAGAUUGACAAAUUCGUUGAUUCAGGCUCAGUCGAGAUCAGGAGUCAAUUUGCAGUUCCUGUACCAUUGAGAUGUAUUGUGGUAGUUGCAGGACUCGACCCAGCCAGAUGGGAGUGGAUUGGACGUUGCCUUGCACUCUUCGGCGGCAUCACCAAGUCUGGAGAGGAACUCAGCAUUCAGCAAAGAGUUCAAGAUGUCUUGGAUUUGCACGCAUACAUCGCCGGCGUCAUCGAGGAUAGACGGAAUCAUCGUAAAGACGAUCUUAUCAGCCAUAUUUGGAACGAAAGAGAUGCUGGAGUAGUGGAAUUGACCGACUUCGAGCACUUGAGCAUGAUUCCAGGCCUUCUUCUUGCCGGUCAUGAGACUACGACCAAUGUUCUUUCCAUGGGGAUGGCACACCUGCUCCAUCAAGGCUUGUGGGAGCGAGCAUCAGAAAGCGACGCGACAAGAUCAGCCGCCAUUGAGGAACUUCUUCGCUAUGAGUCGGCCAUAACAGGGAUGCCACGGCUAGUCACAACGGAAACCAAAUUCGGGGCUAUGACCCUCCAGCCAGGAGAUAAGCUUUUUGUGGCAUACAACUCUGGAAGUCGCGACAGUACCAAGUUCGAGAAUCCGGAUGAAAUCGACAUCGAUAGACACUCCAAGACGCAGCAUCUCGGCUUUGGGCGUGGCGUCCACGCUUGCUUAGGAGCCCCCUUUGCACGUCUCCUCCUGAGGACGGAGCUCAAGGUCCUCAGAGAGCGACUUCCUCAGCUUAAACUAGAGACACCGUACGAAGAGAUCAAAUACAGCGAAGUCCAUGAAGGGCGUGGCCCAGAAGCCGUUCGGAUCUCUUGGGACCCUCCAACUCACCAUGACAUUGACAGUCGUGUUCAGCGCAAUUCGGCAACAAAGAAGGCAGCCAGGCCACACGACCAGAAGAUGACCGUCAGCGAAAUAUUUCAGGUCGCAACAGACGUGAUGCAAAUAACACUGCGACCCAUCGCUGGUUCUGGGACACCACGUUGGGCGCCUGGAGCCCACAUUGACGUCAAAGCAGGCCCAUUUGGCUUUCGACAAUACUCCAUCUGCUCAAGCCCAGAUGAGCGAGAUAGUCUGGCAUUUGCUGUAUUGAAGACGAACGAUACCGGAGCUUCUCACUUCAUACAUAACAGUGUGAAACAGAAUCUUGAGCUUAUUGUUCGCGGACCAAGGAACAACUUUUCCUUCGAACCAGGUUCGCGAAGAACUGUGUUCGUUGCUGGAGGCAUUGGAAUCACCCCUAUCAAGCCAAUGGCAGCGGAAGCAAAAGCCAGAGGGGAAGACUACACAAUCAUCUAUCUCGGCCGCAAGCGCGAUUCAAUGGCGUUUGUGGAAGCAAUGACCGAAAAGCAUGCGAAUAACUGCUUCACAUGGAUAACUGAUGAACAUCAUGGACAACGCUUCGAUGUUAGCAGGUACAUUCGAUCGCUAGAUACGGAAGGCCUUCGGGUUUACUGCUGCGGCCCUGAGGCUCUUCUUGAAGACGUUGAAAAGAGCCUGAAAGAUGCCCCACCAGGUGUUUUGCGACUGGAACGGUUUGCGAUGUCUUCGGACUCUGGCAAAGAGAACACAGCGUUUGAUGUUGUUCUCGGCCGGAGCGGCAAGGUUCUGCGAGUUCCUGAGGAUAGGUCAAUCCUAGAUGUCAUCAAUGAUGCAGGAGCUGGAGUAAUGUCCACCUGUAACAAGGGCUUAUGCGGAACUUGUGAGAGCUGA